GCUACACGCCUACUCCUUCAGAACGUGGGAAUUGAGAGCAGGGGGAGGUUGGGGAGGCGGGAAGAGUUUGGCUCUUGGCGGCGACAAUGUGGAAGGCAUCAAGAAGCGCGCCGCCGUCUCUGCUGUUGGGCUUCUUGUGCAGGAGGUCACGACUUGCUGCUACUCCUUCCUUCCCCCUUGCACUCAAAUUUUCAGCAGACCGACCCCAACCCGCAUUUGGUGCUGGUGUGCUCUCGGGUACCCCGGCUUCUUUUGCCUGCCGGCUGUAUUCCACCACGUUCCCUGAGGCUCCGUCGGCUUCUGGCGACGGCACGGCGAUCAAUAGCGAGCAUGCCUCGAACUUACUUUCGCAAUCUGAACACGAAGACAGUAUGGAUGGAGCGGAUGAAGGCGAAGUCGAGUGGGAAGAGGAGGAAGAGGUUGAACCGAAGAUCGGUGAUGGAGGAGAUGGAGGAGGAGUUAUUCUGGGGGAUCUACCGUGGGGAGAAAGGGCUCUAAACAUUGCAAAAGAGGUGCUGCUCCAAUUUGAUGAUGAUGUGAAAUUAUUUUCUUUUAAGGCUACUCAUCGUGGAUACAUCUAUAUGCGAUUGGAUAAACUCUCAAACAAAUAUGGAUGCCCCAGCAUGGAUGAAAUUGAAGAAUUCAAUAACGUGUACAAGAAGAAGCUUGAUGAGGUUGGAGAGCAAGGCCAUAUACCAAGGGAUUUGGCUAUUGAGGUAUCCUCUCCAGGAGCUGAACGACUUUUGAAGGUGCCUGGAGAUCUGGAACGCUUCAAAGACUUACCGAUGCAGGUGACUUAUGUGGGAGAUGACUUGAAGUGGAGAAAUCAGCAGCAAGUUGGAGUUUUUCUGCUAGAAUCUGUUGAAGCUGACGAAGGUUACUGCACGUGGAGGUUGGCAAAUGUGAAAGAAAACAGAGAUGCUCUGGGUAAAGGAAGGCUAUUGAGCCGGAAGCAGAAGGAAUGGAGGCUGAAGUUGCCAUUUCAACACAUCAGGUUGGUAAAGCUGUAUCUGGAAUGCUAACAUGGCAAGGGGUUCGCCAUUUCAAUACCUCAGGCUGGUAAAGCUGUAUCUGCAAUCCUAACAAGGCAAGGGGCCUCUCCAGCCCCAGCAUGCCCAACAUUGCCAGUCCAAUGCAGGCUUUUGUUUAUUGAGUUCUCGCUCUUUCCCUCUGUGUGUGUGUGUGUGCGUGUGAGAGAGAGAGAGAGAGAGAGAGAGAGUGAGUGGGUCUCAAUUUUUGUUGUAGACUUAGUAUUGACCCUUUUUGUUUUUCAUGUUUUAGUAGAUAUUCUAUAACUUAACUGUAGGGGUAUUUAGGGGAGGGAUCACUUCCUAGAAGCAGUGUGUUAGUGAUGUGCCGUUGGAACAUAAACUUGCAGUCCAAGACCUUUCUAAGCAAAAUAUUUGAUUAGGUGCAA